GACGGGGAUGGAAGUGGGGUUAGAGUGGAUGAGUGUGGCGGGGUGGAGAAUGAGGGGCUUCGCGGGAAUGGCGUGGGGGGUGAGAGGCCCAAAAAAGUUUUGAUUUUGAUGAGUGACACUGGUGGUGGGCAUCGAGCUUCCGCUGAAGCUAUCAAGGCUGCUUUCUAUGAAGAAUUUGGAGAUGAUUACCAGGUUUUCGUUACUGAUUUGUGGGCUGAUCACACACCUUGGCCGUUCAACCAACUUCCCAGGAGCUAUAGCUUUUUGGUGAAGCACGGGCCAUUGUGGAAGAUGACUUACUAUGGAACUGCCCCACGAGUUGUGCACCAGUCUAAUUUUGCAGCAACUGGAACUUUCAUAGCUCGUGAGGUUGCUAAAGGUCUAAUGAAAUAUCAGCCAGAUAUAAUAAUCAGUGUGCAUCCAUUGAUGCAGCACGUUCCACUUCGAAUUUUGAGGUCAAAGGGUCUUUUAGAUAAGAUUGUUUUUACUACAGUUAUCACAGAUUUAAGCACAUGCCAUCCAACGUGGUUUCAUAAGCUCGUAACUAGAUGCUAUUGUCCUACGACAGAUGUUGCGCAAAGGGCAUUGAAAGCAGGAUUGCAGCAAUCCCAAAUAAAGAUUUUUGGUCUACCUGUCCGGCCUUCCUUUGUUAAGCCUGUCCGGCCAAAGGAUGAACUAAGGAGAGAUCUAGGGAUGGAUGAGGAUCUUCCUGCUGUAUUAUUGAUGGGGGGAGGGGAAGGUAUGGGUCCCAUUGAGGCUACUGCUCGAGCACUUGGAGAUUCAUUAUACGACGAGAAUAUUGGGGCCCCUGUAGGUCAGAUCCUAGUGAUCUGUGGACGGAAUAAGAAACUUCUUAACAAACUGACUUCUAUUAAUUGGAAGGUUCCUGUGCAGGUCAAGGGAUUUGUUACCAAAAUGGAGGAAUGCAUGGGAGCUUGUGAUUGCAUCAUCACAAAGGCGGGUCCAGGGACGAUUGCAGAAGCCCAGAUCAGAGGCCUCCCUAUUAUUUUGAAUGAUUACAUUGCUGGACAGGAAGCUGGCAAUGUCCCCUAUGUAGUUGAAAAUGGAUGCGGAAAGUUCUCUAAAUCUCCUAAACAGAUAGCAAAAAUUGUUGCCGAUUGGUUUGGUCCUAAGGCCUACGAGCUACAACAAAUGUCACAAAAUGCAUUGAGGCUGGCAAGGCCAGACGCUGUGUUCAAGAUUGUUCAUGACCUUCACGAGCUGGUUAGACAAAGAAGCUACCUAGCAGAAUAUUCUUGUACAGCUUAACUGAUACUGAGGAUAUUUUUUGCACCUUUUUUUCUGAGAAAAAAAUGUAUUAGGCAACCAUUUUUCUGAUCACUACCAGAAAUUCGAGUAUUUGUCUUCCAUCUUUAUUUUUCAGAUGCUCCUUUGAAAAUUUUAUGUU